UGAAAGCUUUUAAAGGAGUGGAUUUCUCACUGGGCCCAUUGGCAUGUCCUUACAUCCUCGUUUCUUUUCAGGCAGGCUAUACCUCCAUCGAGCUGGCCUAGUCCUGAGAACCACCUGGAGUAUGUACAAACUUCAAAUUCCCUCGGGGAUGGGCAGCAGUCCAGAUACUGAUGGCUGUUGAGUGUGUGAAUCCAGGAGUGAGUGAAUCAGCAAGAGAAAGGGGCUGGAGGGAGGCUUCAGCAGUUAGGAGCACUUCCUGCUUUGCCAGAGGACUAGAGUUUGAUUCCUAGCACUCAGUUAGGGUGGCUCACACCUACGUGUAACUCCAGCUCCAGAGGAUCUCACGCCCUCUCCAGGUGUUCACGCGUGUCACAUACAUAUAAGUAAAAACAAAAAUACAUUUUUUUAAAAGGUGAAGAGAGCCUGGCAUCGUGGCACAAGUCUACCCCAGCACUCAGGAGGUAAAGGCAGGCAGAUCUCUGUGAGUUCAAGGCUAGCCUGGUAUACAAAGAGAGUUCUAGGACAGUCAGGGCUGUUACACAGAGAAAACCUGUCUCAAAAACAAAACAAAACAAAAGGUGAAGAGAUGAAUGAAAACAGCAAAGACCAGACUGACUGCAGCCUCAUGGAGCCCUGAAGAGGGUGGGGUCUGCAAGAGAAGGAAGAACAGAAAUGACAAGUGGGCAUAUUUCACUUUGUGCUUACCAAAGCUCUUGUCUUCGAGGCUGGGUUGUAGACAGAGACCGUGGGGACUGCCCGGGGGCUGAUCUGUUGCUAGCCUAGGGACAGGCCAACUCAGACACUCCUCUGCGCUCCCAGAAGCCAAGGACAUUCAGACACAAAGACAUGACCUGGAAACAGACACCACUCCUGCUCUUGGUCUGCAUAACCACCACAUGCAGUGCCCGGGACAGAGCAGAUCUGCUCAGCGUUUGCAUGGAUGCCAAGCACCACAAGACAAAGCCGGGCCCCGAGGACAAGCUGCAUGACCAGUGUAGUCCAUGGAAGAAAAAUGCCUGCUGCUCAGUCAGCACCAGCCAGGAGAUACACAAAGACAACUCCCGUCUGUACAACUUCAACUGGGAUCACUGUGGCAAGAUGACGCCUGCCUGCAAGCGUCACUUCAUCCAAGACGCCUGUCUGUAUGAGUGCUCCCCCAACCUGGGGCCUUGGAUCCAGCAGGUGGACCAGAGCUGGCGGAAAGAGCGUUUCCUGGAUGUUCCCUUAUGCAAAGAGGACUGUCAGGAGUGGUGGGAGGACUGUCACACCUCCUCUACCUGCAAGACAGACUGGCAUAAAGGCUGGGAUUGGACCUCAGGCAUUAAUAAGUGUCCCGACACAGCAGCCUGCCACACAUUUCAGUACUACUUCCCCACACCAGCCAGCCUUUGUGAGGGUCUCUGGAGUCACUCCUACAAGGUCACCAACUACAGCAGAGGGAGCGGCCGCUGCAUCCAGAUGUGGUUUGACUCAGGCCAGGGCAAUCCCAAUGAGGAGGUGGUGAAAUUCUAUGCUUCCCUUGUGACAGCUGGGACUGUCACCCAUUCAGUGGUGCUUCUUGUGCCCAGUCUGGCCCCAGUGCUGUCAUUAUGGCUCCUUGGCUGAGGCCAGUCUUCUCUCUAGACCCCUCCUCUAUCUCCCCGAAGCUGGGCCUCAGUUCCAUUCCUCUAAGAAUGAGGAAGUCUUAGCCUGCUUCCAUUCCACUCCUCUGCCCUCCAGUUCCUGUUCCACUCCACGCCGGGGCAAGUCUUAGCCUGCUUCCAUUCCACUCCUCUGCCCUCCAGUUCCUGUUCCACUCCACGACGGGGCUUGAGGUUCCUACAACAGUCAUUUUGAAUAAAUCUGUGACACAUCUCGGUCUAAUGAAUUGCAGUCACUGUGAGUUUGUGGGUGGGUGGGGACAGAUCCUUUUGGGUCAGAGCAAAUAGAGUGUUUGAAUGCCCCUUGUCACUAUAUAAAAGUUCGUCAUUAGUUCCCUCCUCCCAGAAGGUGAAUGAACUAAGUGUCUAUGCAUUAGUAGUCUGUAGGAAUCUAGUUGCUUCUGGGGCCCCAAGUGAGAGGCAGAUCCAGGAUUUCUUAUUUAUAUAGUUCCCAAACAUUAUCCCCUCGUGGGCUGAGAAUGUAACUCAGUUGGAAGAGUGCUUGUCUAGCAGGCGGAAGCCCUAGGUUCUAUCCUAAGGGGUGUUGGCACAGGCCUGUAAUCCCAGCACUCUGGAGGCAGCGGGAGAGUAAGUUCAGUGUCAUCGAUGCCUACAUGCAGAGUUUGAGCCAACACGAGAUGUAAGAGACACUGUCUCCAACAACAAAAAAUAGCCCCCUAUUCCCACCAUGUGUCUACUUAGCUCCAUACUCAGCUUACAAUGGGAAAGCUGGAAACAGGAGUCGAGCGAAGGUUCUGGAGGAAGGGGUAAAACUUCACACUGCCUACCAUGAUGUAGACAGACUGGGCUUGGGCCCCUCGGAAGAAGAAGAGAGUCCAUUAGGAAGCCAGUCUGGAGGAUACAGAGGAAAUGCAAGCUUGCAUUUGGCCCAGUACUGUGUCCUGCAGAUGAUGCUGAAGGUUAGAAACCUUUGCAGGAUUCCCAGAGGUGGAAGCAGCCCCUGUCCUUCGUUUAAAUUACAUUCGUAUUUAUUCUGAGUGUGUGCACAUGUAUGUGUGUGGCUGCAUGGGUGCCUUGAGACAGCUAUGAAGUCAGGACAACAUGCUGGAGCUGUCUCCUUCCACCACGUGGGGCCCUGGGAUUCAACUCAAGUCUUGGGACUGGGCAAAAGCACCUUUAUCUGCUAAGCCACCUCACCGCAAAGACCCAUUCUUUAGCAUGUCUGUCCUCUCAGGGAACUGUAAAUAUAAUGAUUUUGGAGGGUUGUUAGAGCCUUUGUUCCUCCUCCUUGUUCUUGCUUUCUUUGAGGCAGGAUCUCCUAUGUAGCUUUGGGUGGUCUAGCCUUGGGUGACCAAGAAAGCUGCUUACAACUGGGUAGAGAUCUUGCUUCUGCCUCCUGAGGGCCAGGAUUACAGGCACGGGCAAGUAAGACAUCCUGCUUGCUUAGUCAUUGCACAUCUCCAGAAUCUGGUCUUGAGUUGAUUUCUGGGUCUCCUGUGCCCUCUCUUCCUCCCUUGGGGGAGGUCUCUGGCUCCAUAUCCCUAUCACAGUUACUGAGAGGAAGACACCAAAUUGCAGAUCCCUAGUCUAGGUCUCUGCCCACAACACCAGGGUGCCCCCUGACAAGAGGAGGCACAUCUAAGUCCCUCAUGCCAAAAGGGCAGGAGGAGUUGGGUACAGAUUGGAGGUUGAGUGUUUUUAUUUAAACCCUGGCCGGAGCAGAGAAACAGGUAGGUGGGUAGAAGUUCUCUGUUAUUGUAUUAAUCUGGUUCGGAAGGCCCCUACGGACCUCCUUUGUUUCAGCUGGGUUAAG